CUGAAACUGGCGUCUUCCCCAGGGCGCGUAUGUGGAGACUGGGGAAGAAUCUGCCGAGUUGGCGUUCGCUCUACAAAAGUACGAAUUUUUGAUACUUGAAUUUCCCUGUUCUUCUGACCUUCUCUUUCCACUGUUCUUGCCUCGCGCCAUGCAUACAUACAUGAUCCCGUGCGUUUCGAACUUUGGCAUUUUUGGAAUGUUUUGCUGAGAGCCUGUCGCAUCCAAACGUCCAUUUGGGUUUCUGUUUGGAGGGCAUUCGAUCGGGAGGCGUUCUACUCGGAAUCGCCGCUGGUGGAAUCCCAAAGACCGUCCUCCACAGGGUUUGUUAGAAAGCGCCAACCGUCAAAAUCGAACCUGUUGUCGAGUCCGGCUCUGCAUGAGAUAAAAAGAUGAAAGAUGAAAUGUUGAAUGCCAAAGCCACAGAGGCUUCGGAAGAUUAUGGUUCUUCCGGAGUCGAAGAAUGCUCCAGAGAGGAAGAAGAAGUCAUUCAGACUGCAGAAAUCAAGACUGAAAGUCAACCGUUGAGCCGAACGCAAUCGCGAAGAUCGGAAAUCGAUCCUUUCGGUGAACCCCCUGACGGAGGUCUGAACGCGUGGCUGAAAGUACUCGGCUGCUUUCUGAUCUAUUCGAACAUAUGGGGCUUUACCUUGACAUUUGGCGCUUUCCAGAACUACUAUCAGCAUCACUUCUUGAGCGAUAUGUCACCGUCAUCGAUCAGCUGGAUUGGAACUGUGCAGUCCUUCCUCUUGAUCCUUGUCGGGUGCAUGUCGGGGCCGCUCUUUGAUUUAGGCUAUUUCCGUCCCAUGUUGUUCUUCGGCAAUUUUCUUGUUGUCUUUGGCCUUUUCAUGCUAAGCUUAGCGAAGGAAUAUUACCAAGUUUUCCUCGCCCAGGCGGUAUGCAUUGGUCUCGGUGCUGGCUUGUUGUAUAUCCCAAGUCUGGCUUUGAUCGGGUUAAGUUUCUCAACGAAGCGCAGUGUAGCGCAGGGCAUAACCACUGCAGGGAUUGCUGUUGGUGGUAUCGCCUACAUUCUCGCAUUUGAUCACCUCAGCAGCACUGCAGGCUUUGGCUGGGCUGUUCGCGUGAUGGGUUUCAUCUCUCUGGGCAUCUGCGGGAUUGCAUUCCCGGCCCUUCUCAAAGGAACCAGUGCUCUUGCCAAAGCCCGUGCAGCUCGCAAACUUUGGGAGCUGUCUGCAUUCAAGGAUCGUAACUUUCUUAUCUUUACAGCUUGUUCAUGUUCAACGUUCCUUGGAUAUAUCGUCCCAUACUUCUACAUCUCCGUCUUCGCCUCUGAUGCCCUUGGAAUAGAUCAAAAUAUGUCGCUCAAUAUUCUAAUCAUUGCUAUUGCAGCGUCCUUCUUCGGCCGUCUCGUGUCCGGAAUGAUUGCUUUUAGGAUGGGUCCCAUCUUUACCUGGUUCUGGUGUGCCGCAUCCUCUGGUAUAGUCUCUAUAUCUUGGUUGGCUGUCAAAUCACAGCCUGGCCUCAUUGCUUGGGCGGUUUUUUGGGGCUUCUGCUCCGCUGGUCUGGUCACGCUCCCUGCGGCAGUGUUUCCCACACUUUGCUCUGAUCUUCGCCGCUUAGGCACCCUUACCGGCAUGAGUUGGGGUAUUUCAUCCUUUGCGAGUUUGAUUGGCAGCCCGAUUGCAGGUGCCAUUCUGAAACACCACCCAACUGAUGGACACGCGAGGUCAAGAUCAGACUUCUUGGGGCCAGCGCUGUGGGCAGGCGUUUGUCUCUUAUUAGGCUCGGGAAUAAUAUUCAUUUUAUGGGCAUUGAGAGUGAAGGAAACUAAAAAGGGCUAUUUUAUCUAAAUAAUAUAUCAGCAUCCGGGAACUGGAAUUGUCUACUGAAUGUCUUUGCAUAAUUCAGCCAUAACGGUCAAAACAAUGACAAAAUAGAUUGUACCGCUAUAUUUUUCCAGCUACUAGACUGCUCAACGCCAGACGGCAUCACCUUGACACAACUGUAGGAAUCUCCGUUGAUCUAAAAAAAACGAUUUAGGUCUGCAACACCAGCAAUAAAAUGCGUCCGCACUUUGCACAUUAUGCACGUUAGUAGUCAUGGAGAGUAUACGAAUUCUAGGCAACGAGAACUUCAGACAUGGGGACAUCAGAUUAAGGCAAAAGCAGAAAGAAAAAUGCCAUUUUUUCAAAGUUAGAUAGGAUGACUUUGAUUGAGAUGGAGUAGGCGGCCGAGAGGUGGAGUUUUGGCAUCGAUUGGUGAAUUCCACGAAUAGUCGUCACAGGGGCAUAUUGCACCUUAUGAGUUCAUACUAGAACUAGCGAUCUGGCUUAGAGCAUAUUGAGGGCUGUGAAUCCGACAAUUAGCUCACGUUAUUGUUUACAGACUCGAAGUCAGGUAGUAGAAGC